UGACACUUUGACGGCUAUCGACCUUCCCAGAUCCCUUGCGGUUUCAACAAUCGACACAGAUCCGGCGUCGAGAGGGAAGAUGGUGUGCUUGGCGUGCUUGUUGCCCCUGUUCUUCAUCCCCGUGGUCAACGCCUUGCCUCUGCUCUUCUAUUUCAUCGUCGGUAAAAUAUAUUGGCUUUUUGGCUGGGAAUACAGAAAGCCUGAAAGGGUGCCACCUUCUUGUCCUUACAAGCCUGCAGUCAAGAAGAUUGUUGAUGGCUCAAGCGAGACUGUGUCAUCAGUGGAACCUCAGAGAUCUGGUACAGAAGGUGACAAAAAUGAAUAAUCAUAGCCAAUAGGGUUUCUUGUUGGAACGUAUUUGUGUACGUUUGAUGUUGCAACCUAAACUUGUGAUAGAUAGCAUGUGAAAAUAAACCUGUACCGACGGCCUGAGUAGUGCUCCUCUGUAACUUGAUAUCAGUGUGCUAUACUCAAUCCAACUGAGAGGGGAAAAAAGGUCCCCCUUUUUUCUUUCCAUGGAUGACAGUUGAAUCAAAGCUCUGUUGUUGUGGGAAAGAAAUGAGGGAGAGAAUGAAUGUAACUGGAAAAAAGAGUUAUAGAGGAUUAACAUUUUCAACAGAAGUGUUCUGAAAGUUCUGUUAAUGCUGUGGAAUUCAAAUUCACAUGUCGACAUGUCCACAGAUUGUAUUUUGUUCUGUGUAUUACAAAGUGUCUUCUAAAUUAUUGAUUUAAACUCAAUUUUACACCUAUUAUUGCCGUCA